UUCACGUCCACCUUGUCAGUGCGACUAUACACGUCACUUGCUUGCAUACAAACGCGGAAAGCCAACGUCAGCUUGACCGCCUUCCUGCCGUGAUCCGUCACUUGUGAGCGCCCUCGCACAUCCUUCCCCAAACGCGCCACGUCUUCAGCUGGCAUUUCCCACCAUAUUGAAGAUGAGCGGCAUGCGAUCACCAGCUCCUACGGAGGUUAUGGACAUCACCAACAUGCUCAAUAAGAAAGGUCAAAUGCAACAACUUACUUCCGGUCUCCUCGAUCACCAACAAUACCAACACGCCUUCGUUAAGCACGAACCCGGUAUGGAGCGAUCCGCCUCUCCUCACGGCUCUGAGCACUCGCAAUACUCCAACCCUCACAGUAUCGCCCGAGCCUACCCAUCGCCAUCCACGAUGCAAGCGCCGAUGCAUAUGCCGAACCCUAUGUCCACCGCGAUGACAAUGCCAGGCUAUCCCGAGAUGCCCAACAUGGGAGGCAUGCCUCACUUGCACAUGCAGCAGAUGCCUCAACAACCCCCGCCUCCUCCCCAGCAGCCUAUCAAGGCGUAUCCUUGCAGUACCUGCGGCAAGGGAUUCGCUCGACGAAGUGAUCUUGCUCGCCAUGAGCGCAUUCACAGCGGAGUUCGACCCCAUGUUUGCGACUGGCCCAAUUGUGGAAAGCAAUUCAUUCAAAGAUCUGCCUUGACUGUGCAUCAGCGCGUGCAUACUGGAGAGAAGCCUCACCACUGCGAGACUUGCGCAAAGCCCUUCAGUGAUAGCAGCUCUCUUGCCCGACACCGCAGGACACAUUCUGGAAAGCGUCCCUACAAAUGCCCCUACGCUGAUUGUCAGAAGACAUUCACUCGUCGCACCACCCUUACCCGCCAUCAGAACCACCACAGCGGUACUAUCGAGGAGGCUGCCGCCGCGACCGCUGCUGCUCUUGCUGCGUCAAAGUCUAAGGGCUUGUCACAGGCUCGGUCUGAAAGCGAUCACAUGUCUAACCACGGCUCGCCCUUGACGACUCCUUCUCCUAGUCAGCGAACAAUGUCCAUGUCGCCCAGUGUCGAUUUAUCUGGUAACAACAGCAUUCCUCGUCACCCUGGCGACUUCCAGUAUCUGUCACAGAAUGGAUCUCUGCCCAUGCACAUGCGCGUUGGCAGCCCUACCUCUACCUCAUCUGGCGGCUACAAUAUGAUGCGACCUACCUCGCAUCCUACUAGCUAUGGCCCUCCUCCUACUCUGGAGCCUAACCUGGAUAACAGCCAGGGUACGCCCAGCAGCAAUGGUGGAAGCCCUCACAUGGCCAACGUUGGCUGGCAGUCUCCAUCGCACAUGGCAUCGCCCUCGCAGAACAACGCCAGCUAUGUUUAUCCUGACCCUGCGGAUGCGUAUCCUGCCAACCAAGCCAUGAACCAAAUGUAUUACAGCGCCGCUACGCAUAUGCGCCGACCCCAGAGCACUGAACCUGGACUGGUACAUAUGGCUUAGUCGGACCUAUUGCCAGAAUCCAAUGCUUGAGCAAGGCUCAAGGUCGUCGUUCUUGUGAUGAUCUGGAGCAAGCUCACCGAUACCCUGUAUUAUUGAAGCUGUGCCUGAUUCGGGCACGAAGAUUAUGGCGGCGUUAAUUCCUUCUGGACUGGAUUCCCAUACUCAUACCCCUUCAACCAAGCUUGCC